GCGGUUAUAACGCGCGUUAGUCUGUUUGAUUUGUCAUGAUUUUUCUGUUGUCUCUUUGUCUGUCGGCGGUUACACUUGUAGCUGGAGACAGCGAGCUUGCUCGCGGUUGGGGAGACGGAAUAGAAUGGAGGACGUUCGACGAGGCGUUACCAGAAGCGAAAAGCUCAAAUAAGCCGAUAAUGGUACUUUUUCAUAAGACAUGGUGUGGAGCAUGUAAAGCAUUGAAGCCACAAUUUGCAGCUAAUAUGGAAAUUCAGAAGUUGAGUCAACAUUUUGUGAUGGUAAAUAUUCAGGAUGAUGAAGAUCCGAAAGAUUCCAAGUUUGCUCCAGAUGGAGGAUACAUUCCAAGGAUUAUAUUUUUAGACUCAAACGGUGAUGUUCAAGUGGACAUCAUCAACAAUGAAGGAAAUCCCAGCUACAAGUAUUAUUAUCCUGACCCAAACAACAUCGUGUCUACAAUGAAGCAAGUAGCAGUCACACUCGGAAGUGCUACAAAAGACGAACUCUAGACUAGCAUUGUUAUCCAGUCCAUUGAAAUCAACUGUUAGUCAAUUGAAAUCAUCUGUGAGAAAUGUUACAGACUUUCUUCACA